AUGAGCUUGCACAAUGACACAUGGAUGGGUUCUUGUAAAGAACAACACUUAUUUCACUUUACACCUGUAUUAAGCAAAGAACGUUGUAGAACUGAUACCCCUCAAAAAGAUGUACAACCCCUUCUUUUAUUUGGGGAUUUAGAAGAUGAACAACAAUCGCAACAAAAAGAAGAAGUAAGACAUAAUGAAGCUGAUGCAGACAAAGAGGUUUUUGAUAUUUUGAACCAACCUUCACAUAGUACUUUUGUAUUUAGGAAAAGUCCAAUUAUUCGAGAUGAUGUUAAUGAUAUUGAAUUAGAUUUACCAAGAAAUAGAUGUGAUAACUCACUUGAUCCAUUUUUUGUUUAA